AUUCCCACGUUCAUACUGUGUUUAUAGCUGGCAAGUGAAACAGUUUAAUAAUCUUCAUUUUAUCAUGGAAAAAGACAAGGAAGCGCAGAUGCACAGUAGUGCUAGCACAUCGGAAAUCUUGAUAAUUAAAUCAACAACAGGAAAGACCGCUGAGCCGAAAAGCGGGAAGGCGGGGAAGAUCGGUGUAGCUGUGGUAGCGGUAAUUUUGUUGGCGUUGUUGGUGGCUACGCUGGUGUACUACAAUAUCCAACCGGCCCGGAAGGAGCUGCAGUGGUAUCAUGAGACGGUCAUUUAUCAGAUUUAUCCGCGCAGUUUCAAGGAUUCGGAUGGGGAUGGAGUUGGCGACAUACCCGGUAUAACGGAAAAACUGGGUUAUCUGCAACAAUUGGGAAUAACAACAAUAUGGCUGAGUCCAAUCUUCCGUUCGCCGAUGCGAGACUUUGGCUACGAUAUCGCCAACUACACCGAAAUCGAGCCAUUGUUCGGCAAUAUGACUGACUUUGAGGAAAUGCUGAGAAAAGCUAACGAAAGGGGUAUCAGAAUAAUUCUGGAUUUUGUUCCCAACCAUACAAGCGACGAAUCAGAGUGGUUCAAGCGGAGUGUUGCGGGUGAUGAAUACUACCGAAAUUUCUAUACGUGGCAUCCUGGCCACUCCAAACGCCGAACCAAUAUAACGCUGUACAGUGCAGCAUUGCAAGCCAAUGUCACGAAGGAAAUUCCGGAUGUGCCCAAUAAUUGGAUGAGUGUUUUUGGCGGAUCAGCGUGGACAUGGAACGAUACGCGGCAGGAGUAUUACUUGCACCAGUUCCUGGAAUCCAUGCCGGAUUUGAAUUGGUACAACGAGAACGUGACGAAAGCGAUGGACGACGUCAUGACCUUUUGGCUAGACAAGGGUGUUAGCGGUUUCCGCGUUGACGCUCUGCCCCACAUGUUCGAAGUUCCCAUCGCUGACAUGGAAGAUGCCGAUGAAACGGACAUUAAUCCCUUCGAAAUUGGCAGUGGAUUGACACCGUUGGAUUAUGAAUACUGGUCUCAUCCGUACACGAAGAAUUACAAUAAGACGAUUGAAUAUACAAAAAUUUGGAUCCAAAUGAAAGACUAUUCCGAAUCACAUAAUACGGAACCCAAGUUUCUGAUUUUCGAAGUUGUGGAUAAAGACAUCCGGAAGAUCGUUCAGUAUUUUCCGGAUGAUCCCUUUGGCACGGCAGCCCAGCCGUUUUACUUCGGUUUGGUGUUGAGCCUUAACGAUAAGAGUACCGGAUCCGACAUUCAACGGGUUGUCGAGACGCAAAUGCAUAAUGUUCCGGAGAGUGGCUGGUACAGUUGGGUGAUUGGCAAUCAUGAUCAGAAGCGCGCCACCAACCGGCUAGGCAACGCGCAGUUGAUCGACGGGAUGAACAUGAUUAAUCUGCUUCUUCCGGGCACGCCCACCACGUACUACGGGGAAGAGAUCGGGAUGCAGAAUACCAUUAUCGAGCGCGCCGACCAGAUUCGAGAUCCUUUUGCUUUGAAUUAUGCUUACGAAGGAUUGGAGGGUAUGCUAAAGAAGACACGUGACUGGAGCCGCGCACCUAUGCAGUGGGAUAAUAGCACCAGUGCCGGCUUUUCAACGAAUGCCACAACGUGGCUCCCCAUCAACCCUGACUACGCAUUCCACAUUAACGUCGAGCAUCAAACCUCGCAGACGGUCAACCACACCCACUACCACCUGUACCGCGAUCUGCUGCGCAUCCGCAAGACCGCGCCCUUCCGACAGGGUUUCAUGCGCUUCGGACCGGUGACAGACGAUCUGUUCUCCUUCGUCCGGGAACUGGGCGAUGUGCACUACCUGGUGGCCGUCGAUCUGCGCCGUAACACCAGCCUGCCCAUCGUCACCUACGACUUCUCCCAGCUGCGCAUGGAGGGCACGGCGAAAGUGGUCUGCGGCAGUGCCCAUAUUUACGGGGAGCCGCAGCCCCUGGGGCAGCUGGAGGCGGAGCAGGAUGUGGAUUUGAAGGCGGUACCGUUUAAGCCCUCCGCGGCGGUUGUUAUCCGGGUGUCGCAUACGCAUUAAAGAGAAAUGGUGGGAAACGUUGUAUGCAGCACGUUGGUCAGUCUUUCGAAUGAUUAUUCGCGAGAGUGUAGUUUUACUGCGGUUCCUCCUGCGGUAAAUGCCAGUUAUGUAUUCUGAAUUUUUUGUUGGGUGAACAGAAUUUUCUGAGAAUCAAACUAUUUACUCUGCCGUAUUUUUUAUGCAAAAAGCCGAACAUGUUUUCGCUGUUUGUGUAUAUAGUGAAUUUAGCAAACGGAA